AUGGUUAAGAAAAAGCAGGAAGAAGUGCCCCCCGAACAGGAGGCCGCACAACUUGCAUUGCUUUACGAGUACCGUAAAAAAUGGGACAAUGUCUCGCCCGAGGAAAAGGCCAGACAGGCCGCGGAAGACGCUGAGCGGUUGGAGAACGAGAUAGCCGCCGCUAAGAUCAUAGAGGAGAAAAAAGCGGCCAAAGCAUUGCAAACGGCCACCAACGUAGCGGCGCGCAAGGCAAAGCAAGCCGAGGCGGCGGCUAGGCGGGAAGAGAGGGAGAGGAAGCGAAAGCGGGAAGACGAGGUUGGCUCGGGAAGCAGUACAUCCGCCGAGAAUCCGGAGGACCCUUCUCCCGCCUCUAAGAGGCGAGGAAGACCGCUGGGCAGUAAGAAUCGGCCCAAGGUCGUACCCUCUCAAGGCCCUUCGCUCGUCAACCAGGGGCAGCAAGGUGACGCCAACAAUCACGCGGGCACUGACACCUCCACCGACCCCAUCAUCAUUCCUCCGAGCCCGCAACCUCCGCAGAAGAGAAAGCGUGGAAGGCCUCCCAAGAAUCAGGCCAAGGCUGGGCAACAGGAGCUGACGCCGCCCCUCACCCCUCCGCCCGUCAACCAUGUACAGCAGGGCAACAAUGCUCACAACCCCACGGGCAUCGCCCUUGACCCCAUUCCUCUCUUCCCACCGGGCCACCGGGAAGUUAUCGAGCGGGAGUUUUUCUACCCAGAGCCUGAACAAGAGAGAGGACCGCAACUCCCGCUCGAUAACUUCCCGACGGCCCGGUGGGAAGAGUCAUGGCAACAACAGCAGGGUAACAAUGUUUACAACCCCACGGCCAUCUCCCUCGACCCCAAUGCUCUUUUCUACCAAGAGCCUGAGAGGGGACCGCAAGUCCCUCUCGAUUACUUCCAGGCGGCGGCGCAGUCGAAAGCAUCAUGGCAACAACAACAACAACAACAGCCUGCCUACUACGCCCAAGAUCAGGCUCAGAGCGAGCCUGUGCCCUGUGGAAGCGAGGAAAAGGCUGAAGAAGAAGACAGCGGAGCUGGAUGGUUGGACAUGGGCGGGGACGAUGCCUAUUGGGGCGAGCUGCUUAGGCCCGUCGAGGAAUAUGGUAGCGUGGAGAUGGACGUGAAUACGGACAGUUUGCUCGCGGGUUUUGAGAACCCCGAGGGAUAUGGUGGCAUGUAA